AUGGCCGAAACGCAAACCGGAAAGCGCGUGAAGUACCUUCAAAGCGACAAUGGGGGUGAAUACAAGUCCGACAAGCUGGCACGAUUCUGCGCGGAACAGGGAAUACAACAAAGGUUCACACCCCCAUAUACUCCUCAGCUAAACGGAGUAGCUGAGAGAAUGAAUCGCACGCUGGUCGAGUGUGCGCGUUGCAUGAUGGAACACGCUGGACUGGGAAAGAGCUACUGGGGUGAAGCAGUGAUGACGGCGAUGUUUCUUCAAAACCGCUGUCCAACACGUGCCAUUCACCAAGACAAGUCUCCAUAUCAAGUGUGGACGAUGAAGAAACCGAUUCUGGCCAACCUUAAAGUGUUUGGAUGCCACGCGUAUGUUCAAGUGCCUCAAGACAAACGCGCGAAGUUCGACUCCAAGUCAUCACUCUGUCGUUUCCUGGGAUACGCCGAACACCAGAAGUCAUAUCGGUUUGAGGAAGUGUCAACAGGAGCGAUCAAGAUCAGUCGCGAUGCCACAUUCAUGGAAGACAAGUUUGAUGAAGGUCCGCGCAACUACAACGAUGAGUCAAGUGUCGUUGAGUUUGAUGAUCAUGAUGAGGACGAAGAAAAAGAAGAAGGUAAAACUGACGACGACAUGGACUCGAGCGACGAUGACAACGAAGACACCAGGUCUUCGAAGAGCAACAUCAAGAGACACACGCGCACUCAAUCACUUGAGAAAGCUACCGUCAUUCAAGUCCCAAGCGAAGAACAUACAGAGGUCCGUCGCUUGAGCAUGUGUCAGCGGCUGCAAUGGAUUUUGAAGCAGCCUACAUCGUUGAUUCAGUGGGGAAACGCCGACUACAUUCAAGUCGGCGAUGGAAUCAAGCGACUCCGGCAAGUGGAAAGAAGCGUGUGA